GCAGCACGCGACCCGAUGCUCUGACCGAUGGGCGGCGCGACACCAAGCAGAGCUCCUCAGAGCUGCUUCAGCAACAUCAGGAUGAAGACGAUGACAGGCAUCCUCAGACGAGGACGGACGAACGCAGUUAGGGAUGAUUGACAGCCUCGUGACCCAAUAGGCAGGAUGAUCGCUACCGGCGGGCUGCUGAGGAUUUCCCGGCGCCAAGACUCGCUGCGAACCAAGAACCGCGCGGAGAACAAGAAGAAGCGGAAAGCCAAGAAGAAACGCAAGAACGACGUGGUGGUGGUGAAGGGCAAAGUGAAGCUGUUCUCUGUUUCCGGGCUGGUGGCAGCGCUAGGCGUUUUUAUCCUGCUAAUCGGCAUCGCGAUGGCCGUACUGGGGUACUGGCCCCGAGAAAACACCGAGAAAUUCAUCGGGCCCGUGCGACGGGUAAAAGAGGAGAACCUCACAAGCAAUAACGAGUUAGUGAUGUCAAACCAGCUGAAUAACGCCAACUCUUCGGCCGGCUUCUUCGAAGGCCUGUUCGCGACUUAUUUAUACUCGGAUAACCUCAAAGUCUUCGGACCGUUAGUGAUGGGCAUCGGGAUUUUCCUGUUCAUCUGCGCCAACGCGGUUCUCCACGAGGAUCGCGAUAAGAAAACCAAAAUCAUCAAUCUGCGCGACAUUUACUCCACGGUUAUCGACAUUCACAGUUUGCGCGCGAAAGACUGCGCGCCGUUCAACGGCCUCAUCAGCUACAUGCAAUCGAAGAGCGAUAAACCGGCGUCUCCGCGGAACUACAGGCGGCCGUCGUGCGCCAGAAAAUACAGCUUGUUUGCGAAGCGCCAGUCGUUCGCCGACGCCAUUUACAGCAUCUAUCAAGGGAACGAGGAGUCGCGCGAGUGGGAAACGCGGUCCAUCGUCACGUCGUCGGUGAACGCCUUCACGCUCCCCGUCAUCAAGCUCAACAACUGCGAGGUGCAGGAGAGCGAGGCUUCGCGGCGCAGGAGUUGCGUCGCCACCCUGGAGACCACGGCGGACGUCUCGAAGACGCGGAUGUCGCUCUCGCGCCUGUCUCUGAAUGCGCUGACCGAUCCGGGCGCCGGGCGUUUGGACGAGAAGUCGCGGCGCUUCAGCUGUCCCAGAUUGGAGCGAUCGGGCAGCAAGGGCUACAUCAAACUGGCCGAUCUCGGCGGGGAUUCGUUCGAGACGCCGGACGCAGAGAGAGCGGAGAAAGAGGCGCAAGAACUUGCUAAGAACUCGGACGCGCGUCUGCGUGAACACACUGCGUCGCUGUCUGAUUUGUAAAAAUCGUAAAAGCUAUCUUCUUACCAAGUACCUGAACGUUCUUAAAUCAAAAUGCAUUUGUUUGACGGGGGAGAAGAGAUUUUAGGCAAGAAAAGCAAUCUUAAUCGAAAGGCUAAACGAGAUACGCUUUUCAGGUUGAUUUCAAGGUAAACGUUAAUUCUUAAGUCGUUGUACCUGUCCACUGAAUGCAUCUUGAUUCGAGAACGCUUAGAGGUUUCUACUAGAAAACGAGACCAAAAGUGUUUCUCGCAGCGUAGGGCUCCAUGUAUGAUGUCUUCGAAUCCCAACGAUAUUUACAGAAUUCGUGGAAUUUGCCAAAUUUGGACAAAAUGUACGAAGAGCAGGUCGCUACACUUAAAUCGAAGCACCAUGUGGACUAGCGUCCGUUAAUGCUAAGCGGCAAAACUACGAUUUAAACCUGAAUCCUGCGUCUCUGCGUGAACGAACAGCGUUUUUAUUAAUAAAAAAAGCCA